AUGAUUUUAAUAUAAAGCUAUUUAAAUAUUUUCUUAAUGUGGUAUGGAUGGUUUUAUAUAUAAAUGUAAAACACCCUUUUUGUAGAUUACAUUCUUAUAGGUUUGUUCUGAGAUUUAAAGUGUGUAGUAAACCCGAGCAAAUUAUACAGUUGCACCAAAUAAACAUGGCCGCCUCCUCGCCAGCAGAUACGAGCGUUAGAGAUGGAGAUGAAGAAAUACAUUCUACAGUGGAAAGCGUCGAAUGUCUGGCCACAGAAAACGAGAGUGAACAUAAAGAGAAGCAACUACCUAAAGCUGAGUCAGAGACAGAUGACCCUUUUAAGAAACCGACUCUUUUCGCGGCGCCGUCUCUCACCACCAGACGCAGCAACGUCGCUAAUCCGUCUAAACCUUCAUCAGCUGAAACAAUAAGUGUGAACGAAAAUAAUAAAUCUCGUGUUAUGGGUACAAUCAAGUCUUCUGAUGCACCUUGUGGAAGUAAAGCAUUAGAAAAUGAACAAGAAGAGGACAAAAAUGGUGAAAAGGACAAGAACGAAACUCAAAUUAAACCCAAAGUCGAAGCUAAACCGAAGGUGCGACCUGUCAAAGCUCCCCCAGCUGGAAAUUUCCCCCCUGUCCCAUACACAGAGCCGCCCUGGGGUGGACCUUCAUCAGACAUCCCAUACGCUCUGGAGAUCCUGAAAAAUGGUACCAUAGUGGACACGGUGCCCCUCACUGACAAAAGCUACUUCGUUGUUGGACGUCUACCUGUGUGUGACGUCUCUCUGGAGCACCCGUCCAUCUCCAGGUACCACGCGGUGAUUCAGUACCGCGGACAGCCCGGAGAGGAGGACAGUGCCGGGGAGGAGAGGGGCUUUUACGUCCACGACCUGGACAGCACACACGGCACGGUGGUGAACAAAAACAGAAUCCCCCCGAAGACCUACAUCAGGCUGCGGGUGGGACAUGUGCUGAAGUUUGGAGGGAGCACCAGGCUGUUUAUCCUGCAGGGUCCUGAGUUUGACGAGGAAGAGGAGUCUGAACUGACUGUGACGGAGCUGAGGGAACGAGCCCGCAAACAGAAAGCGGAGCUGGAGAAGAGGAUGAUGGGAGACUUCUCUGAUGAAGAGGAGCGGGAGGAGGAAGAAGGCGAAAGUGAAAAGGACCAGAGCAAAGUGUCAAAAGGGGAGCAAGGCUGCACGUGGGGGAUGGAGGAGGAUGCUGCUCCAGAAGAAGAUGAGAAUGAGGAAAACCCCUUUUCAACUGAGUUCCACGAAGACCAGGAAGCAGCGUAUCUGAAAGAUCCAAAGAAGGCUUUACAGGGAUUCUAUGACAGAGAAGGAGAGGAGCUGGAGUUUGAGUAUGAAGAUAAAAGUCAUGGCUCCUGGCUCUGCAGGAUAAAGCUGCCCGUGGACGAUGCUAUGGGCCGCCAGCUGGUUGCCGAGGUGACCCACACGGGGAAGAAGAAGGAUGCAGCCAUCCAGUGCUGUCUGGAGGCUUGUCGAAUGCUGGAGGCCAGGGGGCUACUGCGGCAGGAAGCAGUAUCACGCAAGCGCAAGAAGAAGAACUGGGAAGACGAGGACUACUACGACAGUGACGAUGACACCUUCCUGGAUCGAACUGGCACCGUUGAGAGGAAGAGGCAGGAGCGAAUGAAGAAGGCUGGAAAGAUUGAAGAGCGGCCUGAGACCUACGAGUCGCUGGUGGCCAAGCUGUCUGCAGUGGAGAAGGAGCUGGCAGAGACUCAGAAGAAGCUGAGUGCUGGUAAACACGACCCCUCUGCCUCGUCUGCUGAGGACUCUUUGGACGCCUUCAUGACUGCAGUGAGAAGCGAGGCAGCGAUGGACGGCAUGGAGCGCAGGAAGCUUCAUGUGCACAUGGCCGACCUGCGUAAAGACGUUCAGAGGCUCCGUAAACUGGUGGAGCUGACACGGCCGACUCAGAUGCCCUCGCUGCAACCCAGUGGCAGCUCAGAGUGUGACAAGCCUAAAAAGAGCUUACCACUGUUUGGAGCCAUGAAGGGAGGAAGCAAAUUUAAACUGAAAACUGGGACCAUUGGGAAGUUGCCUCCAAAGCGGCCCAACCUUCCUGCAGAGCUCUUCAACAUGAAAGAGCUUUCACCUGGUGGGGAAGAGGUAGAGGAGGAGGAGGCAGCGGAAAAUGAGGGUGAUGAACAUUGUGUCACUGCAUGUAAACGUGACUCUGAGUCCAGCCCAUCCACAUCUAAAGAAACUGCUGUUUUGGAUCAUCAAAAAGCUGCAUCUGAGGAGCCCAAAGAUCAGAGCCGCCGGCAGAAGAAGAGUGAUGAAGCAGAGCGGGUUCCUCCGCCCAGCAGCAAGAAAUCCGCAGCCCCUCCGACUCCAGAGUCCAAAGCCGAGGCUGAAACAGAUCCCAGUACCAGAAAGAAGAAGACGGUGAUGGGCCCCAGCAGGACACCAGUUCAGCUGUCAGCACAGUAUCCAGAGGAUGACCCCGACUACUCAGUGUGGCUUCCUCCUGCAGGUCAGACCGGAGAUGGUCGCACCCACCUCAACGACAAGUACGGCUACUGAAGGGGGACAUAAGACAUCUCUUCUGUCUUCACGAAGCCUCCAGUCUCCUCAGCUCUGACCAUGGACCCCUUCCAUCCAUCCCUGCCGGCGUGUGGUCCGGCUCUGAGAGACGAGACUCUGGGCUCUAAUUUGAAUUCAUAUAGGAGGAAGCAGAGCAGGAGCAGCUGCUGAUCUGAAUUCAGAUUUCUGGUCUUUGGCUGUACUUCUUGCAGUUAAACCAACCUGACAUCUAAUCUGCGUCCCUCCCCUGUUUGGCUUCAGUCGAUCGUUGGCAUAACCUUUUGUUUUGUUUUGUUUUUUCAUCUAAAGCAAGGAGUGUGUAGCAGGGAGGGAGAAAGAGAGGGAGAGUGUUGAAGCAGCUUUUCUGACCAUCUGGACACUUGGAUGGCUUACUGGAUGAAACGUAAGCUGAUAAUGACUCAAGCUAAGUGGAGUGAGUGUGUGUGUUUAUCUGUGCACACACACUCGCUCUCUCACAUGCACAUGCUUCUUCUCAAAGUUCUCUAUUUAACAAGAUUGUCUUCAUAAGUGAGUCAGUGGUUGGUUUGUUCAGAGCAGGAAUCUGUGUUUUGGUCUGCUGCCACACUUCCCACCCUCUCCAUCGUUGUCUUUGCUCACAAAACAAAGAAAUAAAAACUGUAUUUUGUUACAUAAAUGUAUAAUAAAAUUGCCUUUACAUGACGUCAUAUGAGGGGUUAAAAGUUUUACUCCACACCAGACGUCUCGCUUGUUUUUCUCUCUUUUCACACUCGUAUCGUGUCUCUGGGUCAUAUUCUGGAUCAAAGAGCCAGACUUUUAAAUGUCCAUAUCAUCAUUAUGACUGGACCCAUCUCCACAAGGCUAUUUAGCUUUUAGCUCAACCAUUUUGUCCAGCAUAGUUUCUUGUAUUAUCAAAAUGUUUGUGUUUUAUGGUGAAGAUGCAAAAUAUUAGGAAAAUAAACAAUAUUGUUUAAUGUGAUGAUAAAACUUACAAUAUCUAAUAUAUACUUAAGCCCUCGCUAAUUAAUCUCAAAUAACUUUGUUUUUGCAAGGCUCAAAAAGAAAAAAAAUCCUUUUUAGACAUUGUGCAGCCUCAUUUGCUGUAUAAAAAUAUAUAUUUAUCUGUUGGAAGGUUUGUAUUGUACGUAGUGACCUCUAGUGGCAUGAAUUACAAGUUGCAACUAACUGAAUGACCCCACCCAAAGCCAAACAAACUAAUACAACAUCUGGAUAGUAAUUAAACAUGUUGCCACAAAUGUUCCUUCCAUGAUUAUAACUGACUACAUACAUGAGGGAAGUUGAAUUUGUUAUAAUUAAUACAAAACCCAGUUUAUGUGUCUGUGGGUAUAAUAACUCAACCAUGCUUCUAAUAACAAAGGGCCUUUUCUGACCCGGACAUUUCAGUAAUAGACUGGAUAAAAACAUUUAAUUUUGGCUAUAUUAUUCACAUUUGGCUUAUAAUAUAGCCAAAGAUGCUCAAAGUUUGCAGAUGUAACUACCUCUGCUGAGAUUGUAGGUAAGAUAUUAAAAAAAUAAUUAAGUUGUGGAUAUAUGGAGGACAUAUGACUAAA